CUCAGAAGCGUAUGACCCUGAGAGAGGUCGUCAUCCGAGCAGACUAAAGGAGAGCACUCCAACUUAUAUGAAUACCAAAAAAGAAACCAUGAAAACAUGUUUUAAUGGAAUCCCUUCAAAGUAUUUAUGCAAAUGGAAAUGUUGGCAGACACUUUCUAAAGAUGCUUUUCUCAGUGGAAAUACAUAUUUAAAAGUGUCUAUGAUUUUUGUUUCUUGUGGAUCAAGUUGCUGAACCAGUUUUUGGGACAUUUUGUGCAGGAACAUCUUAUCGGAAGUACUUUCCUGAGGGUAUAUCCUUUCGGUCUCCCCCCGGGACAUGAGGGCAGACUGGGGAUCCCAGGGUGUGGAAGGACGCAUCACCACCAACCUCCAGCUCUGCCAGCUGAACACCACUGAUACGGACCUUAUGAAGACUGGGGGAGCGGCAAACCGGGCUCCCCCUCCCUUUAACCAGGACAGGCUGUCUCCACCAGCCCCCAGGGUGGAGCUCCUCGCCCCAGUCAAGGUGAAGGAACGUACACAGAACGUCAAAGAGAGGGUCACACAGGUUCUGUCUUUGAGUGCUGACGUCCUACCUGAGUACAAAAUUGAGGUCCCUGUCACCCAGGCCUGGACCAUGCUGCACUACAGCCCUGUCAAAGCGGCGUGGGACUGGGUCAUCCUCCUGCUGGUCCUCUACACGGCAGUCUUUACCCCCUACUCAGCAGCCUUCCUGUUGGACGAACAUGGGGACGCGUUGCAACGUCGUUGUGGCUACACCUGCAGCCCACUCAACGUUGUGGACCUCAUGGUGGAUGUGUUGUUCAUCGUGGAUAUUGUGAUCAAUUUCCGCACAACAUUUGUCAAUGCUAAUGACGAGGUAGUGACUCAGUCCGGGAAGAUCGCUGUGCACUACAUCAAGGGAUGGUUUGCCAUCGACCUGGUGGCCGCCAUACCCUUUGACUUACUUAUCUUCCGCUCGGGAUCAGACGAGAUGGCCACCUUGAUUAGUCUGCUGAAAACUGCACGGCUGCUGCGGUUGGUUCGCGUUGCAAGGAAGCUGGACCGCUACUCGGAGUACGGCGCUGCUGUUCUCUUCCUGCUCAUGUGUACUUUUGUGCUCAUUGCUCACUGGCUGGCCUGUAUUUGGUAUGCCGUCGGCUAUGUGGAGAGGCCUUACACUCAGACCGGUUGGCUGGAUAACUUGGCUGAGCAGCUUGGCAAGGUGUACAACGCCAGUGAACCAGGAUCGGGUCCAUCCGCCAAUGACUAUUACAUCACAGCGCUUUACUUUACCUUCAGUAGCUUGACCAGUGUGGGCUUCGGAAAUGUCUCCCCCAACACCAACUCUGAGAAGCUCUUCUCCAUUUGUGUCAUGGUCAUUGGCUCCCUCAUGUAUGCCAGCAUCUUCGGGAAUGUGUCAGCCAUCAUUCAGCGCUUGUACUCCGGGACGACACGCUACCACACCCAGAUGCUGAGGGUCAAGGAGUUCAUCCGCUUCCACCAGAUCCCCAACGGGCUUCGCAACCGCCUAGAGGAAUACUUUCAGCAUGCUUGGUCCUACACCAAUGGAAUUGACAUGAACGCAGUGCUGAAAGGGUUUCCAGAGUGCUUGCAGGCGGACAUCUGUCUACACCUGAACCGCAGUCUGUUGCAGAACUGCAAGGCCUUUCGGGGGGGCAGCAAAGCCUGUCUGCGGGCUUUAGCCAUGCGCUUCAAGACAGUACAUGCCCCGCCGGGUGAUACCCUCAUCCACUGUGGAGACAUCCUAAAUUCUCUCUACUUCAUUGCUCGUGGUACCAUCCAGAUCAACCACAAUGACAUUGUGGUGGCCAUACUAGAAAAGAAUGACAUCUUUGGGGAGUCUAUCCAAAUGUAUGCAGAGCCAGGCAAGUCCAACUCUGACGUGCGUGCCAUCACUUACUGUGACCUGCACCGGAUUCAGAGGGACGACCUGCUUGAGGUUCUGGAUAUUUACCCAAGCUUUGCUGACAACUUCUGGGAUAACUUGGAGUUGACCUUUGACCUUAGAGAUGUUAAUCAUGGCCCACCUCUACUGUUGGCUGACGAUUCUGGUGAUGAGUGUGGCUACAGUCGUAGCAAGCCACGACACAGGGGACACUCUCUGGACUGUCGAAACGGACCUGAUGGCAUGGACCAGGAUGACCCGUACCCCUACCGCCACCGCCACUCGGCCCCACAGCCCCACUGGGAAGAACACUGUAGCUGUGAGUCGCCCUGCUCCGAAUCCAGUGAAGACCUAAACAAGCCCCUCACCCACGGGGGAAAGAUGGAGUUGUACACUUCAGAUGGGGUAGACUACUCUCCCUCAGUGGUGCGGCUGAUGGCCCCCAGCAGUGCCACAGUAGGCCAGGAGGCCCCCAUCGAUAGGGCUCACCCAGCCUCCUCUCAAAUCUCCCCCACCAUGUCUGGCUAUGUUCGAUACUGGCCAGAAAAGCAGUCGACCCAGUAUUCCAACAGGCAGUGGCGCUCCUCUUCAGUUCGGGCGUCUUACCAUCCAUCACAGUUCACAGAGGACCAGCCUACUGAGCUGGAAUCCCGAUUGGAACUACUACAGUCACAGCUCAACAGACUGGAGACGCGAAUGACUGCUGAUAUCAAUGUCAUCCUGCAGCUGCUCCAGAGACAGAUGGCGCCAGUACCACCAGCUUACAGCACGGUGUCUGCCACAGAUUCCCCGGGGAUAUAUGGGACGGGAGCGCCAGUGUUACACACACUAUAUCCCAUCUCACCCAUACAGAUGGACAGCCGAGCAUCCAUGCAGACCUCAGACCAGGUCAAGUUACCCCUGAAAUCUCAAGAGUCGCUGUCCAGCGGUAUACAUCUGACUGUAGAAUCUGACGACACCAUGUCCAUCACUCCGGAUGGGGAGCAGAAAACCUCACUCGUCCCUAUGCCGGCCCAGGUCAUUCUCAAGCCGCCGCUGUCUUUAAUGGAUUUCCCUGGACUGAGUAGGAGCCUCCGCUUCCCCUCAUUACCCGGGAACCUGGAAUCCUCCUCUGGGCAGGUGGAGCUCCAGCAACACCUCUCAGAUCCUGUACUUCCAGCAACCUGAAGUUCUCAGCCCUAGCUCCUACCUGGGAUUCAUUCUCAGCCAUGCCUCCUACCUGGGAUUCAUUCUCAGCCCUGGCUCCUACCUGGGAUUCAUUCUCAGCCCUGGCUCCUACCUGGGAUUCAUUCUCAGCCAUGGCUCCUACCUGGGAUUCAUUCUCAGCCCUGGCUCCUACCUGGGAUUCAUUCUCAGCCCUGGCUCCUACCUGGGAUUCAUUCUCAGCCCUGGCUCCUACCUGGGAUUCAUUCUCAGCCCUGGCUCCUACCUGGGAUUCAUUCUCAGCCCUGGCUCCUACCUGGGAUUCAUUCUCAGCCCUGGCUCCUACCUGGGAUUCAACUGACUGCUUCUAUGUGGCGGGCAGGAUAGUAGCAAAACACAUCCUUCUCUGGGCCCUAUCCAGAAACAGCCCUAUGCAGUGAAAUCUAAAAAUGGGUGCGAUUAAACAGCUAUUCAAGUUUUUUUCAGACGCUUUGGUACUAUUCACACAAAUAUGUGGUAAAAAUGCCCCUUUUUCACAACCCUAAGUACAUCUGACAUUGACUGAGUACAAUAAAAACACCUAGAAAGUUUCACAUUGAAAUACAUUAUGUUCAUACAAAGUACAUGCUAUAACUUUUUAUAAGGUUUUCUUCUCUAUUGUUAAAAUACCUUUUCCUAUAAUUAUGCUCAUGGUUCCUAAUUGAUCAUCACUCAACCAUUUGGUGAAUAUACUGUAUGUAUUUUACAUAGUUUUGGCUACUGUGUUCAGAUUGAAAAGGACAGAAUCACCACCCUAAAGCCAUAGAUUUGUAUGUGAUCUCUGUGGGAUUCCAACCCACAACAUUGGUGUUGGUAGUGUGAGCAAUAAAAGACCACUGCAUUGACUAUGGACUUUACAAUACUGUCAUAAACAGGACAUGAUUGCUAUCCACAUGGUAGUAACUACAACUGGUAACCAUAUAACCAUGUGAACACUGGCAGUGUCAUCCAUCAUGGGGCAGGAUAGACAGCAAGGCAAAGGAAUACGAGAGACCCUGAACAGGGUCAAAACUACAAACUGAACUGCUUUGUGGAUUAAAAAAAACUACAAACUGAACAUCUUUGUUGAUAAAGCAGGCUUCUACCAAGCCAAAACUUGACAGUGACGGCGCAAUAUCAUUGGCCAAUGAGCAACUGCCCAUGUGCCUGGACAAUGUGGGGGAAACGUAUUCACGUGUGUUGCCAUAUCUGAAAAUGGGCUGGUAAGACAUAAGCCACUUCUUGGGUCUUACAGUGCUGUGGCUGCAUACCUCCUUGAGUUCCUCAAUAAUAUUGUGUGUGAUAAUGUUAGGUUCCACCAUUCAGAGGUAAUUCAGGAAUGGUUUUGGGCCAAUCCCUGUUUUCUGACCGUAGACCUGCCCCAUGAUCUCCUUUCAUUAUUGAGGUGGAAGGUCUGCCAUCCCCAUGUCACCCUCCUACAGCUCAUGGAUAAGCCAUGCCAUGACAUCACUAGUGACCAAUGUUAGGUUUGAAUUUGCCAUGCCAAAGAAAUAUUCCUGCAUUGGAUGAAAAUUCAAGACAUUAAUUGUGAUGUGGACAAGAUAUCAGGGCCAAAUGCCAAAGACAGAAUUGGUGCAAAUUAGUGUAGUAUGUGCAAAACAUUGACAUUUCUGUUAUUUAUUUCUGAUAGUAUUUGUUAAAAUUGACUAGACAAAAAAACAUGUUGCAAUAAAGGUUACUUUUUUGCAUCAAUA